AUCACUCUACGAUUCUGGUGAUGAACGAGAGCUAACCAGGGUCUUACCGUGGGGUCUGGGCUAAGUACGGAGACGUAUCUGCGUCAUCAGCAUUUGACAUACCCAUUGCCCAUGUCCCGUCCGUGCACGUAGAUUGUCGCUAGACCCGGCAUUCAGGUCUUCAGCGUAGCAAAGUGGAUUGGUCUUUACCUGUAAUUUGUCCGUGGUCAGGACUGGUGGUACGCCAUUUACGAUGAUCCUUCGCGCAGCUGCUCGUGGCAGCCAACAGUAAGUCGCCCAUGAUAUAGAUCACGACUUCGUUACCGCUGUAAGGUAGAAAACAGAACUGUCGGCUGUGCGCGAAAAGGAGUUCGCAGUCGGGAGAGUAAUAGCCGGAGGCUGGCCACUCCAGCGGCGGAUGCUUUUAAUAGACCACUCACCCUUUUGACUUUGGUUUAUCAAGGGAAGUAUUUUCUGACGGCUUGUGCUGUCACUAACGAACCUGCAGGCGUACCUCGGCGACAUACCGCCCGCCAUAAAGGCCAAAAUGUCCGACAUGAAGAAAAGGUGGCUUUCGCGCCAAAUGAACAAAUAUCGCUUCCUAGUCUUGCUCUUGUGGCUCGGGGCGCUCUCAGCGCUGGCGAUGACCAUUUUCUUGUUAGCCAGGCACUGGGAGAUGCUUUUCGAUGAUCCACAAGCUUGGCAGGUGCUGUACACACUGACGCUGCCGGUGUGGAGCUGGGGAGCAAUCUGCGGGUUUCUCAGUAUUUUGCUGGCGGCCGUAGCCCUUCGGUUGCAGGCCAAAGUUACCUCUAAUUCCCAGAAAGGUCAAGGCACCCGCUCGUGGAAAAGCGUUGGAGCGGCAAAACGCUUGGCAGGAGGUGAGCCUCCGAAGCCGACGCGCAUACAGCCUCUCCGCCAGUGCAAACACGCCGAAGGAUAA